AUGGCUGAGACAGCUACCCCCGAAGUCCUCUGGGCCCAGCGCUCAUCAGCCUCCGAGCCCGAGAAGAACUUUGUCUACCUCACCAUCUCUGUCCCCGAUGUGCCCAAGGACGGCCUGAAGCUGGACCUCAAGCCCACCGGCCUGACGUUUAGCGGCACCUCCGGCACCCUCAAGCGGGCCUACCACCUCGAGCUCGAGUUCUACGCCGAGAUCGACCCCGCAGAGAGCAGGAUCAACCACACCGCCAAGAACGUGGAGCUGAAGCUGCAGAAGAAGGAGCUUCAGGAGGAGUACUGGCCCCGACUGCUCAAGGAGAAGAAGAAGCUCCACUUCCUCAAGACCGACUUCGACAAGUGGGUUGACGAGGACGAGCAGAACGAGGCUCCCGAGGAGGACUUCUCGCAAUUCGGCGGCAUGGAGAACGUGGCAGGUGGCAUGCCUGGUAUGGGCGGUGACUUCGGCGGCAUCGACUUCUCCAAGCUCGGUGGCGGUGGUGGUGACCUGGGCGACCUGGGCGGCCUCGGCUCCCAAGUCAACCCCGACGACCUUAACGACGAUGAUGAUGACGAAGAAGAUGAUGACGACAUCCCCGCCCUCGAGGAGGAUAAGAAGGAGGAGAAGAAGGCCUAG